GCUGACAAUGCUCAAGUUCAACUACAGUUGGUGUGAACAGACAUUAUCAACCCUCUCUUACAAAUGUUACUUUUUUUUUAACUAUUCAGCAGGACAUUUAUUUAUAGCUUUCUCUAAGUUUUGAUCUUACUCAGCAUUCAUGCAUGGAGAACAGGGAAGUGAAGUGACAGAUAGCGCGCUCUAUAUUCCUGCAACUUGAACUUUGCUCACUACAUUUUAUCGUCAUCAGGGUCGGGCGAUAGUAUGUAUGCUUAGAAGCCCACAGAAAUCCUCUGCGGAGAGCCACGGGUUUACUAGGAAGACUUUACUAGAAAAGGAUGGCUGGAAAGAGACGGAACAGGGGCGGCAACAACCAGCAACUUGCCCCCCGGCCACCAAGAGGGCGCUCACGAAGGGCACUAAGGGAGCCUGCUGCUUUCGCCAGGUCGGAAGGUUAUGAAUCAGAAGUCCCCCAUGAAAAGCUCACCAUUACCCAAGCCAAGAGAGGCACACCAGCUUAUAGACCAGUGAGAGUCUAUGCUGAUGGAAUAUUUGAUCUUUUUCACUCUGGACACGCCCGAGCACUGAUGCAAGCCAAAAAUGUCUUCCCCAACACGCAUCUGAUAGUGGGAGUGUGCAGUGACGAGCUGACCCAUAAGUUUAAGGGCUACACAGUGAUGACAGAGGACGAGCGCUACGAAGCCCUGAGGCACUGUCGAUAUGUGGACGAGGUGGUGCGGGACGCUCCCUGGACUCUCUCUACAGAGUUCCUCAAGAAACACAAGAUUGAUUUUGUGGCUCAUGAUGACAUCCCUUACACUUCUGCUGGCUCCGAGGAUGUUUAUAAGCACAUCAAGGAAGCUGGGAUGUUUGUGGCCACCCAGAGGACAGAAGGCAUCUCCACAUCCGACCUGAUCACCCGGAUCGUGCGUGACUACGACAUCUACGUGCGACGCAAUUUGCAGAGAGGCUACACGGCCAGAGAGCUCAAUGUUGGAUUCAUCAACGAGAAGAAGUACCGUCUUCAGAACCAGGUGGACAAGAUGAAAGAGACAGUCCGCACUGUGGAGGAAAAGUCCAAACACUUUGUGUACCGGGUGGAGGAGAAGAGCCAGGACCUAAUACACAAGUGGGAAGAGAAGUCACGGGAAUUCAUAAGCAACUUCUUGGAGCUUUUUGGACCUGAUGGAGCUUGGCAUGCUAUUCAGGAGCGCAGUGGACGAAUGCUCCAGGCUCUGUCGCCUUACCCGUCCCCACGUGGCUCCCCCAGUAGCAGUCCCACCAGACUGCGCUCACGUUCUCCUGACUCCUCCCCAGUCGCCUCGGCCAGCACCUCUCCCUCCUCCACAUCACCUCCUGCCUCUCCAUCAUUUCGCCGCCACACCUGAAAAAUGGAACACUCUCCUCUCUCCAGACUACCUCUGCACAAACAAAAUUUUUUGAUCUUUAUGUGGGAUUCACAUAAUCGCUGAGAAAUGCUAUGAACUAAACUAAAUUAAUAGAAUUAGGAAUUUAUUACGGUACUCCCACUGGAAUGUAACAGUAAAGGCAAAACAUUAGGAUUUGAUUGUGAGUGUGAAUGUUGUCUGUCUAUCUGUGUUUGCCCUGUGAUGAGGUGGCGACUAGAAAAUGGAUUGAUGGAUGAAUUUUAUUCCUGUAACCCAAUGCAUGAGUCAUACUUUACUUUUUGUUUCUCCUUCGUGUUUUUAAGUCCUUUCUUGUUGAUAAAAAUGCACUCCAAUGAGUUCAAAAUUAAAACAACUUUUUGUGAACCAUUACAAGCCGAAUAGGAGGAGACUGACUCCAUAGUCAUGUGGCCUUAAAUACAGUCAAACCUGUCUAGGGACGGUAUAGCUCGGUUGGUAGAGCGGCCGUGCCAGCAACUUGAGGGUUGCAGGUUCGAUCCCCGCUUCCGCCAUCCUAGUCACUGCCGUUGUGUCCUUGGGCAAGACACUUUACCCACCUGCUCCCAGUGCCACCCACACUGGUUUAAAUGUAACUUAGAUAUUGGGUUUCACAAUGUAAAGCGCUUUGAGUCACUUGAGAAAAAGCGCUAUACAAAUGUAAUUCACUUCACUUCACUUCACUUCUAUAGUGACCACUCAAGGGGAAGACAGCAAAAGUGUUGACAUUGAUGCUGGAUACGACGAGAAAAGUAAACACAAGUGGUGAUUUGUUGAUAGCAUAGAGAUCUGCUUGCUGAUUCGUUAAAAAUUAGAGAUCAAAUAAGGGAGAGUGCUCGUUAGCGUGCGAUAAUAUGACUUGUAUGAGUUGUAACAAUUCAAAAUGUGUGGUUUCCAAUACGAUUCAGGGACAAUAUUAUUGUUUUAGAACUAUACGGUCAAAAUCGAUUGGGUAACUUUUUAGCAAAAAAAUUAACCAGUGUAAUUGUGAAAUUAUUCUGAAUACUAGACACUGCAGCUAAAGUUUCCAAUGUUCAUACUAUUUAUUGUAAGGGAAUAAUGUAUAAAUGAAUUAUGUAUACAACAAUUAAUGGCUAAU